AAUUUUGAAGACCUAUUAAACGAGCAAAUACUCUAACGCCCUUCCUCUUCCUCGUUUCUCCUUCUACACGAACGCAGGGGUUAGGGUUUUACAAAGGUUUUCUCUCUCCCCGGAAAAUGAGAGGCCUGCAGUUGUCGCUCGACAAAGGCCAAAAACUGAGAUUCGAAAGAGCGUUCGAGGUGCUGGAAUCUCUCUCCUCCAAAUCCAAUUCCGACGCCUCUGUCAUCGUCGCCGACGAUAUUUCCGUCAAUAAUGAAGACGCCAUCCUCAAGGGCCAUGGCACAGCCGAGAUGAACGACCGCUUGGUGGCCACGCUUUGUGGAGUUGUGGAGCGUGUCAACAAGCUUGUCUACGUCCGGCCUCUAAGGGCCAGGUACAAGCCCGAGAUUGGGGAUAUCAUCAUUGGCCGUGUUAUUGAGGUUGCACCAAAGCGGUGGAAACUGGAGAUCAAUUUCAGCCAGGAUGCAGUGCUGAUGCUUUCAUCUAUGAACUUACCAGAUGGCAUACAGAGACGACGAACUGCAGUUGACGAACUUAAUAUGCGCAGCAUAUUUGAAGAGAAUGAUGUCAUCUGUGCUGAGGUUCGUGGCUUCCAACACGACGGCUGCUUGCAUCUACAAGCAAGAAGCCAGAAAUAUGGAAAGCUCAAGAGAGGGCAAUUGCUUACAAUACCCCCUUAUCUUGUCAAGAAGCGAAAACAGCAUUUUCACCAUCUAGACCAAUACGGAAUUGACCUGAUACUUGGUUGUAAUGGAUUUGUUUGGGUUGGCGAACAUGUUGAAGUGCGAGAUGAUAUGACAGAGGAUCUGUCUGACAAAUCCGAGCAACAAAAAGUGAAGUCAUGGAACACAAUGGGUGAUGAAGAAGUUCAAGAAGCAUACACUCCUCCGGACACCAGGCAAAAUAUUUGCAGAUCAGCCAACGCUAUCCGAGUGCUGUCUACUUUAGGCUUCACGAUUACAGUAGAAAUUAUCACAGAAAUUGUGGAGUUGAGUAGGUCUAUGGAUCUCGACGUGCAUGAGAUGCUUGGUGCAGAAUUCUAUGUCAUCGUUGCUGAGAAAGAAGCAGAACGUCGAAGCUUGCCAACAAAAAGGAGAUGAUAGAUAGGUAGAGGAGUCUGUAAGUUUUUUUCACUUUGUUGAAGUGUAAAAGACUAAGUUUUUGGUAGAAGCCAUUUUGUAAAACUAAUUUUGACACAUCACAUUUGUAAAACACUGUCAAAUUUUCUUUGAGUUGACAUGAAUGCCUAUGUUCUACUGAUUAUUACU